CAGGUUUGCCAAAAGCGAUCCAUUGCUAUGAUCAUAGUACCAAUUACCAGAGCAGCUAUCCAAUUCAGUUUCCUUGCAGCUUAAUUUAUGCAAGAGGGGUACUUACUCCCCUGAUCCUCUCAAAAGCAGAGCAUGCAAUUGGGGCGCCCCAAGAAACAGCUAGCGGCGGCUCGGAUCGAGAAUAGAAUUGGAGAUGCCGACGCUGCGGCGGCGGAACCCGGAGGUGCACGUGAAGGCGCUGGAGGGGAUCGUCUCCGCCAACACCUUCUUCACCGUGGCCGUCUUCAUCGGCAUCACGGGCACCAUCAACCCAUCCUCCACGGUGCCUCCCAACUGCGUGGCCGGCGACGACAUCGCCCGCAACUUCUUCCUCUUCGAGAUCCUCUCCUUCGGAUUCUACCUGCUGUCCAGCCUGGUGGCGCAGGGGAUGAAGCUGGCCGUGACGCUGCUGGCCGCCGGGGACGACUUCUACGGCGAAGGCGAGCAGAAGCCGGCCAUGUCGGACGACUGCGAGGAGAUGCCGGCCUGGCGCGCCGCGGGGCCCCGCGAGCGCCGGCGCGCCGUGCUCCGCUUCGCCAGGCCCAUGAUGCUCCUCGCAGCCGGAUGCUCCAUCAUGGGCACCUUCUUCCUGCUGCUCUCCAUGGUGGACGCCAUCCAGCUCAAGUUCGGGCUCGUCUCCUGCAACAUCCCGCUCGCCGUCGGAUCCACCUUCGCCCUCUCCGUGCUCGUCGUCGCCGGCCUGCUCUUCUACGGCUGCACCGUCGCAUACGCCCUCACCAACUACCUCCCCUGAACGUCGCUACCUUGGCACUAGCUGCUCUGGCGCUGCCCGGUUCUUAAUUUAAUUUUCGGAAUUGCUAGAUCUCAGUCGGCUGAGAAAUUGCAAUUUCUCUGUCGACGAGAUUGCCGUCGUUUGCUUUGUUUGCCUGGCUAGCUGCGUCGACUUCUAUAGGCUGGUUUUUACUUUAUCUUUGGGCUUUUUAUUUGUUCUGUUUGUGUGGGCUGACGUCCCCUUUUUUCUUGUUCUAAAAAAAAACGUCUCCUUCUUUCUUUUAUCGAGGCAAACAAGCGAUACCAGCUUCUUAAUAGAGUGCAUUACAUUUGUUUUUUUUUUCACCGGAAAAUAAAUUACACUUGUUCUAUCA